CGAUUUGGGCGGAGAGCCAUUAGACGCCGGAAAAGUUCCCUUCGCGCUGACCUGACCGAUCGAGAUCUGCUCCGAGCAAGAGAUUUCCUCCGGGGAAGAAGGUCGAAGAUGGCUAUGAACAACGCAUUAAGAACCUCUGCCUCCAAGCUCCUUGCGUCCGCCGAUUCAUUUCUCUCCAAGACCGCGAACAGAAGAAUCCACUCAACAAGUGUGAAGAACAUGGGAGGAGGGCAUGCCCAUGGCCAUGACGAGCCAUUCUACAUUCAUGCGAAGCACAUGUACAACUUGGAUAGGAUGAAGCAUCAAAAGCUGAAGAUGAGCCUCGGCGUGCUUACUGCCUUUAGCAUUGGUGUCGGCGUUCCCGUUUGGGCUGUCAUUUUCCAGCAGAAGAAGACCGCCUCAGCAUAGAUCCGGCGGCGCCAUAUCUAUGAAAUAACGGACGACCCCUUCGCUUCUUUCUUCUUCAAUUUUUUUUCUGGUUGUUGAAAUCCCUUUGGGUACCUGUCAUAGCUGGUAUGUCUUGUUUGUUCUUUUGAUCAUCAUUAGGAUUAUAAUGGUUAAUUAUGAUCCUGAUUGGAAUGUUGAAUAGAACUACAUCUUUGUUUUGCAGCUUCCUCAAUCAAUAAUAAUAAGACUGUCUAUACAGC